AUGCUGACCGGUCGCGGGUGGAAGAGGCUCCUGCACAAUUUAUUCUCCAAGGGCAAAAUACCUAAGUCUCCUACCUACAUUGGAGCCCAGGAGAUACCCCACGUAUCCAGAAAGCUACCGGUGGCGCUGCGGUCCCCGAGAUCUGGAGUUUCGGAGCCCAUGGGGGUGAUACGAGGCUUUGGGGCCUGUGGGCUGUGA